UUAGUAUCAAGUAUGACCCUCUCCUGCUGUCCUGCGCGCUGAGUGAGAACUUGAGUCGGUCCACAACCCGUACUGUCGUACCCAGAGGCCUCCCCUUUUUGGCUUUGGCCUACCUAACGCCUGACGGCAACACAACCAUGUCCAAUGAUGAAAUUGCUGCCCAAGAUGGAUGUGAAUGGUGCAGAGACCACAAGUAGUCUAAAUCCUCCUCAUGGACAUGGUGGAAGGUGCAGUUCAGCUUCAGAGACAGAUCUUCCAGAUGAAUGUAAGAAAGGAAGUGGAGUUGGCCCGGAGUCCGCAGGAUUGCCGCUCAAUACAAGAAGGGUGAAAUGUUAUUCUGUCCACGUGGGUAACUUGCCUGCCAGUGUCUCCAGGCAUGACCUGACUGAACUUUUCAAGGGCGUGGGUCCUGUCCAUGAAGUUUAUAUAGCGCCUUUAGCGGAUGCAAAGGUCACCUAUGGGUUUGUGCGGUACCUGGACCCACAACACUGUGCUAGGGCCAUCAAAGAUUUGAACCGGUGGUACAUACGGGACCAGCAGCUCCGAGUCGAAUUGGCCAGGGAGACAACUCUGGAUCGAAGUGCUCGUCCGAUGAUUCGACAUGACCGCAACAAAAGGGAAAAACUGAACCAGAAAAAAAACCCUGACGAUGAUGAGAUAAUGUGGAAGGUGAAGCAGAGGUCGCUCAUGUCAGAUAUUAACCUCCCAUUGUUCAUGAAAGAGGUGAAGAAAGCUGACAGCAACUUGACGCCUCUCAUCAGAUUUGAACUCCCUAGAGUUACGCUUGAUUUGGAUGACUUUGAUGAGGCUUUUGGUUUGAGUCCACCCUCAACUCCGGAUCCUCUGAAGUCAGUAAGCCAAAAGCAUGAAUGUCAAACUGAACAAUUUGCAGAACCAGUCAAGAGGUCACCUUCUGCUCGCUUGCCAAAAACUACUGGUUUGACAAACAUUGCCAUGAAUUCAGAGAUGCCAUCUCAGCCACAGGCUAGGGUCAACAGUGACCGAUUUCAGCUUCAACCCAGUGUUCAUAGUGGUGGCUAUCAGACUUCAGUUCUGAGUGGUACUGGCGCUUCCGUCAAAGUGCUGCAACAUUCUUUUAUCGACAGAGAAAACUUGUGUUUGCUUCCACAGCAGGCUGCAAGUAAUCCCCUUGUGCAGUCUCCGCCUCUUCCUAAACUACAGCAACCGUUUGUGAUAUCGUCAUCGCAAACCACUGUCAGUGGUGAACAAUCUGUCAAUGUGACUUCAUUGAAUGCAUCGUCAGUGCCGCUCAGCACACGCUACCAACCACUUCAGUCACAACACCCAGGAUUGGACAACUAUGCCCCAGGUGUGUAUGAACUUGACGAACAUGAAACUGAUGUGUCCCGCGUGUUUGCUGAGAAAUCCCCUACUGGACUAAAGUGUACACUUACUCCAAAAGGCUCCAGAAUUGUAACAAACUCUAGUUCACCUGAACUGGGUGAACCAUCUGGUCUACAGUGUACUUUAACACCAGCAGGAACGCGAACAGUGACUAAGGCGAACAAUUCAAAACUUACAACUGGACCGCUGAAUUUACGAGACUCGUCAUUUGAAACAUCUUUCUCUCAACUCCCUGAAUCAAUACAAGAGCUGAACUUGUCUCCCCUGGUGAAAAUAGAUUCUGUGGCCAAUGAUGACUCGAGUCAGUCAGCUGCUAGUAACAGCCCUCAGACUAACACAAAUGCACCAAUUGGCCGAGGAAGGGGUAUUCUUGCGUUCCAAAAUAUGUUCCGGCCAGUUGGAGGCACCUCCAAACCUAGACGAGUCCCGAUCUUGAGCAGUUUAUGAGUAUGCAGCAAGUGUUCUGCGACUGGCGCCAUCUUGUAGAUCUGUUGACUUCGUUUUGAGGACUGACAAGAGUCAUUGUCAGGCUAACUGCCACUAUUGGAUGUUAGUGUGUCUAAUACAUUGUAGCUGUAUGUAUCGCUGCCUCCGAGUUAGUGAACUACAUGUACAGUGGAACCUUCCUUAGCGGACACCUCUCUAUUAAGGACAACCUCUCGAUUAAGGACACUAGUUUUGGUCCCAAAUUGGUUGUUUCGAUUCAGUUUGACCUCUCUAAUCAGGACACCUCUCUAUUAAAGACAGCACUUCUCAGUCCCAAUGGUGUCCUUAAUAGAGAGGUUCUACUGUAUAUCAUUGGUUCUGGCUACGUGUAAGUGGUCAAACCAGCUGCUCCACCUGGGUGCUCCAGCCUAUCUGCACAACUCAUGUACACGUUUGUUGUUUAUCAUGACGUCUUCCUUGUUCUCAUGAGAUGUUACAAGUCCUAAAUGAAUUCAUGUGAUUGUAAGAUGAAAUUGUAUUGUUUAUACAUGUACAUCAAGAAAUAUGUUGUCGGCAUUUAUGUAUUCAGAUUAAAAGUUAUAUUUG